CCCAACGCAACUCGCAAACGCAUAUCCAGCCGGUGGACAAAACCGCCUGUGCCAACCCCCUUGUCCUCAAACUUUCCCAACUUUUUAUUACAACCGAAAGGUAAUCAUUCCACUGACAGAUAACACCCGUUGUACCUGUACAUAGAGUGAACAGAUUGCGCAAAACAAUUUGACCCACAGGCUUGAUAAACAAGGUGGGAUCUUUAAUUUUCAUUUUAUUUAUGUUGAAACACACGCGUUUACCGAAAACUGUGAUCCAUAUUAUUCAUUGUUUUCAUUGUUUUCAUUAUUUCCAUUAUUUCCAUUAUUUUCAUUGUUUCAUCAGAAUUGUUCAUCAUCAGACAGUGAUUAUCCGGGGACUUGUUCGGCUUUGGUGAUACGUGUGUUGAAUUGGCUGUUUUUUGGUUCGGUGUCAGUGACUGAUUUUAGGGAGGAAUAGCUGAUCUGAUUGGGUAGUCAGUGGUGUUACGCAUUUGUCCGCACUUUGUGAGGGAUAUCGAUGGCCAGGUGGUGAUUGGCUAUCGCGAUUACGACGGCAAUCAUCAUUCAGUUGAGGAAUCCGCGACAUUCAGCGGGAUCUGCGCUCACCGCCUUUCCCUUCUACCGACGGCCAGUGACUUGUCCUUUAUUAUUUUGGAUUAGUCGGAUUAACGGGCCCUAUGUUUUACCUUAGCCUGGGGUUAUAUUUUCACGUGUGAGUUUUUAUUCUUCGGUUAGAUUAUUGUGAAAUGUGACGGCAAUGCGUGCUAGCUGCAUCAUCAGGGAAGAUACCUCCGGAUUGCAGCGCUCGUUCUUCAGGUGCUACUGAUAUACCAACACGAGAUUAAUAAUUCAGUGACCGUGUCAUUGAGAUCAAAAGUACUGGUGUGCAUUGACGUGUGAUAAACAACGGAGGACGAGGAGGAAGAGGGUGAGGAUAGACUGUUGUAACUCGUUGUGGCCAGCGGAAACGGCGUCAGCAGUGGCGAAAGAGUCAACCGAGGCGCGGGAGAUAAGAAGGCGACGAAGUAGAAGAAGGAGGUGUCGGUGGAGAAGGGCGACAGCGUUGGCGAGUUGGGUUGAAUUAACACAGAGAAUAGUUACAUCAACGUAGUGAAGAGUGAACACAAGGAGGAGAUACAAAUGAUAUUAAUGAAAUACAUUUCAACUCAGAGACUGAAAUAUCUCAUGAGAUGAACAAUCCCUGAACAAUCACUCAUAUCAUCGAUAUCAGAUGAUCAUCAUUGCUGAAGCCGUCGCCUUUCUCCUCCCGCGCCACCCAUCAACGACAGAGAGCAUCAUUAUUUGGAUUAUUUUUCAUCGAUAUUGAGAUAUUAUUCAGCGAGCUCGGUUGAGCUCAUAUCGCGGAUACAAGAAUCACGUGCUAGACCGGACGUCCGUGUCUGCUUCUGUGUACAUCAGUAUUUUAUUCCAAGUGAGACGUCACCAGUGGUCGCUUGCGGGGGCUUUUUUUUUUUAUUUUUGUGAUAAGUGCUUGGAGAUUUUUAACCACCCAAGGUGGAUCAGCUGGGGUACAGCCUUUAUUUUGAGACAUACCCGGGCAGGCGGACAACCACGGGUCCUAAGAUGUGAUUUUUCCAAAAAUGGCGGAUUGCCCCUAUGCCCGCUGCAUACAGGAACGCAGACACAUCAGGAGGGAAUUGCUGCGAUGGACAAAGAAUAUGGUCUUCGUAGUUGGUCUGGAACGUGUAGCGGAAGAGUUGAUGGGCCGUAGGAGAUGGAAGCAAUACCAGGACACCCUGUACAGCAGCACUCGGAGCGAAUCAGCAAGCCAGCCGCAUCACCGGCUCUAUCCGGCCCUAUCGACAACCUGCAGCAAUCUAGCUGCGGGGAAUGCCAGCCAGAUCGGGUCGCAACACCAUCGUCAGGCAUCAACGGGCACUGUACAUCACCAAUCAUCAACACCACCGCUGUCAGCGACAGUAAUAACAACGACUGGACAAGAGCAUACGUCAAUAAAGCAGAAAGAAUUGACGAAUCACAGGGGUGGCGAGGAGUCCUGUCGCAUAAGGCCCGAGGAUAUAAAAUUAGAGAUAGAAGCUGCACAGGAGGUGAACAGUGGUGGACGCUCCGAGUUACUGCAGCACGGGGAGGUUCAUACCUUGAGGAUACAGGAGCGUACGAGACAAAGAGUAAACGAAAACGGGGAAGACGAAGAUUUCAACGAGAACGAGAACGACUCGGAGUCCGCCGAGAAGAGGCUGAAGUUGGACGAUUCAUUGAGGACCUCGGUCAGCCCACUGAGGGAAAACGAACGGUCACCCUCCAGAGAUUCGCGGGCGAACGAGGGAACCGAGCCGGAAGGGACCAAGGAACCGAGUGCGGAAAACGCGUUGGACCGGAUACAGGUGACGCCGGGUCUAUUGAGGGUAAAGAAGGAGGAGGAGUUACAGGAGUUACCGCAACAGGUGAACUGUGGAGGCGGCGAUACUACGAGAGUAGAUACCGAGGUCAACAGGCCAAUAACCAAGGAACAAUCGGAGUCUAUCAACGAUUGUACGUUAACGUAUCCUGUCAACCGGCGAGUAAGUCCACCGCCGGAGGACUGGAAACCAUUAGACAAGUGUUAUCUCUGUCUCGAUGGAAAACUGCCCCACGACGAUCAAGCGCCACUUAGCCCACAAAGUGAGAGUAGUAGUAGUUCACGAUCUGCAGAGUCUCCAAUGUCGGUGCAAGUCGAUCCAAUGGCGGCUUCUGCAGUGGUUGCUGCCGCCCUUAGUGGCGCGUACCCCACAUUACUGCCACAAUGGGGAUUACCACCAAGGGAUGCACCCCUUGUUGGCAUUCAGACACACCACGACACUGGCCAAUCGGCGGAUCAGCCCCUAGAUCUCUCGGCUAAACCGAAAAACUCUCAGGACAACAACAUAUCCAUGUUGGAUCAACAAAAAAUACCUCUGAGAAUGCCGGCGAAUAUUGAUCCCAAGACUAUCUUCACAAGCUCAUACCGGCAGAAGCCAAGACUGCCCGGACAAACAGGAGUUGGUGGUGUGCCGGUUGUCGGUGGUGGCAGAAGAACUUACACGGAGGAAGAAUUACAAGCUGCCCUCAGGGACAUACAGAGUGGUAAACUCGGUACACGAAGAGCAGCUGUCAUCUACGGGAUACCAAGGAGCACCCUCCGUAACAAGGUCUACAAGCUUGCAAUGGAACGCGAGAGGGACGCCUCCCUCACUAGCACCCAUUCACAUCCUCACGAGUCUGGCGUACCAGUAUCAACCACCACCAUCACCUCCACAAUACCAACAUCAACAACAACAGCAUCAACACCAAAUACGACCCAAAAUGCCUCUGCAACAAGUCCGCCCCCGCAAGUGGAUGAGGCGGAUGAUAAGGAGCUGUCAGGUGCUGAAGAGGAGAAGGAAGUGGAGAAGGCCCUGCUGAAGCCACUGCUGUCCCUCGAAGACUUGGUGAGAUUUUCCGCCCUUGAGGGUAGCGGUCGGGACUCCCUCAGGACACUCCUCCAACGGGGACACGAAACCGGCACCGAGUGGCCUGGUUUUGAGCAUGCUAAUAUUGGACCCUAUAUCCAUAAAAUGCUAGCCGCUGCUGGGCCAUUCAAAGGUCUUGAGAACCAAGAGUACAGGAUACCAGAAGUGAUGAGGCGAUUGAUGAGCGAGGACAAAAGACUAAACAAAGAUGUGAAUGGCGAUCAGUCGCACUCACACGUACAAUCACCCCAGUCACAAUCGUUACAAGGUGGACAACAGCAAAGGUUACCAAUGACAAAUGAUGAUUUCAAUCCAGCAAUAGAGGAGGAGGCGAGCGACAGCGCUCAGGGCAGAGCUAUACUCAAGAUUCCGUCCUAUAAACCAGCGAGUACACCUGGCUCAAGUAAGAACAAUGGUGAGCCAAAUUCAGCAGCAUUUGCCCAGGGUUUUGCUGCAUCAUCAAGUGCAGCUGGUAGCCCUGGCCUGUUGGAACGAGCUAGCCCAGCAUUCUCGGGCACUAGUAGUCCAACGAAUUCACUCGUUGGUAAAGGUGUCAGUGUUAAUUUUCGUGAUGUCAUUGCUAAGAGUAUUAGCUCAAAAUUUCAAGAGGGACAAUCUGGACAGACUAAUGUCACCCAAACACCUACACCAUUGCUCAGUGAUUCAAAUCCAUUCAAACGCGGUAGGUAUACACCACCGCAGACUGCCCAUCAGCAACAAACGCAGCAGCAAAAAUCACAGAGCCAGGAGAACAAAUCAAAACCGAGCGCUGGUGGCAAAGGUACGAGACCAAAACGUGGAAAAUACAGGAAUUAUGAUCGGGAUAGUUUGGUAGAGGCGGUUAGGGCUGUGCAGAGAGGAGAAAUGAGUGUUCAUAGGGCUGGUAGUUACUAUGGUGUGCCACAUUCCACCCUCGAGUACAAGGUCAAAGAGAGGCAUCUCAUGAGACCACGAAAGAGGGACCAGAAACAGUCGGAGGACAAAUCAAAAGACUCACCGACAGCGCCAUCAUCACUGAGACCAGCUCACCAAGACAAAAAGCCACCGUUGAAACCUCAAAAAUCGUUUACACAAGGUCCAGGUGGUUUACCAGGUGGUCCAAAUGGUUUGAAAAUGCCGUUUUUAGACGGGAUGCCGCAUCUACCAUUUCCACAUCCAUUCAAUUUUGGUUGGGGUCCAACGCCAUUCAUGCCUUCACCAUUUAUACCAGGUGCACCAAAUGUACCAACGAUACUGCCUGAUCAGUAUUUUGCUACCCAGAGAAUGCGUGGACUUCAGGAACAGCAGAGAAGUGCUGUUGUACAGCAGCAGAGUAGUAGAGAAGGCAGUGGUACAGAACCAGGUACGUCAAAUUCACGUUCAAUGGUUAAAACAACGAGGGAAAUGGCUGAGAGUCUUUAUGAGGGUACAGGUGCAAAUGGUAGCUUUCUUGAUAAUUUAAUAAGAUCAAGUUUGGAGACUGGUAUACCGAGGGAUCAACGGGGUAUUACUGAAGGACGGGGUCAGGGGCAUCAUCCUGAAGCAAUGAGUAGUAAAGCAUUGAUUGAUCAACUGUGCAGGAACUCAAGACGUACACCAUUACCCAGAAUGACAGAUAGCAGUGAAGAUGAGAGCUAUCGUCCAUCAAGAUCAUUACCAGAGAGACCAGAGAGAGUACCAACUGUUGAUUUGAGUCCAUCCCCAACGGAUCGAAUAAGAAAUGAUGAUCAGGGCAGUGAUCGUUUAACAUCACCACCAACGCCCUUGUCAAUCAGUAGAGCUGGUAGUCGUGAUGAUGACACAAGGGAUUCACGUAAUGAUCGCGGUAGUAGAGAGCGUGAGGUACAUAAUGGUGGUGAUGAGCCACGUAAAACAAUACUACAACAGCAACAGCUGAAUCACUACCCGGAUAUACACAAUCUUUAUGCCGUAUCAAAUGAGAAAAAAAGUGCCUGUGAUAGUAAGCUUAUAGUAGAUCAUUCGAGCCAGAAGACUCAACAGCAACCACAACAGCAGAAGGAAUUUGGUGCUGUGAGCGGGCUGGUAGUGCAACUUCAGAGAGGCUACAAUUCUGCUAGUAAUUCAAGAACAACGGAACAAGAACAACAGAAUAAUUCACAGCCAGUAGCGCAGCCUGUUCAGGAGCCACACGGACCUGCCCUCACCAUGGAAGACUCCGUAGAGCAGUAGACGAAAAUACAAUCCAGACAGAACGUAUGCAGAUACCUGACAGUGUAAUUAUUAAGUAAUCAACGAGACGACGUUUUAUAUUUUUUCAUUGUAGAUUAAUUAUUUCAAUUAUUGUUUUUAUUCAUUUUUUAAUAUGCGUUCUUCCUUAUUAUUUUUUCGUUAUUAUUAUGUAGUAUUUAGUGGAUAUUUUUGGCCUUGGCUUGAUAUAUCGAGGUCGCGUUUCAUGCAAUCGAUUAUUUUUCCUCGAUUUAUCGUGGUAUUGCGUCUUUAAGUCGCAUCUCUUUGUCCCUUUUCCCAUUUUUUCCCUAUAAUAUUUCCCCUUUAAGAUCUACCCACCGUCCGUCGUAGACGUUAUUAUUAUUGCUAUUAUUUGUUCAUACUUCCACCCCUAGAAGGAUGAUAAACUACGUAAGUCCUUUCGAUUAUAAUCAUAACGAAAAACAAUUAAAAAUUAAAGUUAAAAUGAUGAAAAAAAAAAAUAAUUAAAUGAAGAAAUGGCAAGAAAAUGCGUGAUGAACGCAUGUGUUUUAUACGUGUAAAUUUAGGUAGUUAGAAUGCAUCGGAAAAAUAUUUUUUAUAUUCUAUAUGAAUUUACCAGUUAUUAUUUAAUGAAGGAUGAAAUCAUGAAUAAUACAACACAGACAAGACAAAAAUUUAUCUAGAUAACGAAUUAUCGUAAUUGUUUUAUUAAUGCCAGCAAUUAACAAUUGUCGAACGUAUUAUUAAUAUAUUCAGUGGAAUGAACAUUUAGUUUUUCUUUUAUUUUUCAUUAUUGUUUAUUUUCAAUUGAUCGAUUCUUCUUUUUUCUUUUUUUUUUUUUAAUUUCUCAUUUUGGUGCCCCUACGUCCAAGUGAGUGAGGAUUACGUACUGAAGUUCAACGGUUUUUUUUUUUUAUUUCCUUUGUGUGUAAAUGAAAAUCAUGUGGCAAAUAAAUAUUACCGACAUUACAAAUGAAUUCAAUGACAGAUUAUAACCCUCAAUCCUGAUUUUCAACGUGUGAAUAACAAGACGAUGGAUAUAAUAUACACUUGUAUACAGAACUCAUUUUUACAUAAACACGAUUACGCAUUAGACCAAAAUAAUUGCAAAUUUAUAUAUUGAUACAUUUUUCCGAGAUAUUUCACUGGCUAAUGGACAAAUUGGGAUUUAAUGGUCGACGGCGGAGAAUCCAUGAAUUUUAUCGCCAUUUUUUAUUUAUAAUAACACGUCAGAAAUUUUUAACAGCAAACAAUUGAAUUAUUGAAGGGCAGGGCAAAAUGGAAUGGCGGCAACCUGCAAAAUUGAGUCUUGAAUAAAUAAUUAAAGGUCUUGCAUUUCGCCCUAGUCCUCAGAAAUUCAGAUAUCGACUGUGCGAUCAAAAUGAAAACAACUGGAAAAUGAUAGAUUUUUGUUAUUGAUAAGAACUUGUAAAAUGAUUGAUGGGGAAAAAUGAAAAUUCCAAUGAAAAAUGAAAAAGCUUUUAUUUUCCCCCAUUUCUUUGCGAAUUAAGUUGAAAUAAAUUCGAGUGGAAGACGCCACCGUAAAAUUGCGAUUCACGAUUAUAGAAUGUGAUACGUCUGCCGACGUCAGCCCAGGACUCCCCCGACGUAUGUUUUUUUUUUUUUUUUCAAAUUGCAAACGCAAUCUAAUUUAUAGGAGUCGUGGUAGGUCGUGGCAGUUCGAGGGCUUUCUCAACAAUAAUUUAUCAUUUUAUCUGGACUCUUAAUUUGUUGAUGAUUCGUUGUUGUCGAAAUGGUUGUGAAGUUAUUAGUUAACAUUGAGGAUAUGUUAAAUGAUUGAUUUAACACGCCGCACUGGGGGCAUGUGGUGGAGAGAAUUGAUAAAA